UUAUUUUUCUUCCUCUUUAUUCCUCCAACCUCCUCCUCUCCCUCCAUCCCCGCAUUUCUUGGUUUGUACGGACUUUACUCUGACAUCACACCUUCCUCCACUCUAUCCCCCACCCCACCCACCCACCUAUAAACGCUCUCCUCCUUCCUCUUUUAAUUUUAACCCAAGGUCCCCCAGCCAAGCAUCUCUCUUGUGCCUCCAAGAAGUCAAGUCUCCCAGCCAGCAAGCAAGCACCACCAUGAAGACCAAGUACUCCUCCUUUCUCAUCACCCUCUUCUCUUUCUGCCUCCUCCUCCUCGCCGUUAACGUUGCCCCUUGCCUCGCCGCCGAUCCCGACAUGCUUCAAGACAUCUGCGUCGCCGAUCUCAACUCCACCGUGAAGGUGAAUGGGUUCCCCUGCAAGGCGAACGUGACAGAGGAUGACUUCUUCUUCACGGGAUUAGCCUCCCCUGGCGCCACCAACAACACCAUGGGAUCCCUGGUGACGGCGGCCAAUGUGGAGAAGAUCCCGGGGCUCAACACCCUGGGCGUCUCCAUGUCCCGCAUCGACUACGCCCCCGGAGGGCUCAACCCUCCCCACACCCACCCCCGUGCCACCGAGAUGAUCUUCGUCCUCUACGGCACCCUCGACGUCGGCUUCAUCACCACGGCCAACAAGCUGAUCACCAAGACCAUCACCAAGGGCGACACAUUCGUCUUCCCUCGCGGCCUCGUCCACUUCCAGAAGAACGACGGCGAUGCCCCCGCCGCGGUCAUCUCUGCCUUCAAUAGCCAGCUCCCGGGCACCCAGUCCAUCGCCGUCACAUUGUUCGCCGCCUCGCCGCCGGUGCCCGACCACGUCCUCACCAAGGCCUUCCAGAUCGGCACAAAGGAUGUGCAGAAGAUCGAGUCCCGCCUCGCCCCCAAAACCAAGUGAGAGACGGCGAUCGAUCUUGUAGAUUUAUCAUGAUUGAUUAUUACUUUGUGUUUGGUCUUUUGUUUUCGAGAGGAGAGGAGAGGAGAGGAGAGGGAAUUGAGGGAGAAGAAAAAGGGGCGUGUGUAAGAAAUAAUAAUGAUUGUUCCUUCUUCAUUCAAUCAUAUCGUAAAGAUGUUUCUUUA